UGGCCUCGGUAGUUGGCUAAUAGUACCCCCUCCCUCCCUCUACCGAGCAACCCAAGCCCCCUCGCUCCCUGCAUCUUCUUCCUCUUCCGAGCGCCGCCACCCAUCCCGCUGUCGAGCGCCCAUCGUCUUCUUCCUAGCGCGAGCGCCUAUCGUCUUCCUCCUCGCGCGAGCGCCUCCACCGCAGAUAGAAUUUAACAUCGUCGAAUGGCAGAUAAAAGGAGAAAAACUGCAGAAGCGCUGCAUGGAGCCAUCACCAACAGUAAGCGACCAAGGCUUCAAUUGAGUGACCUUCCUAUGGAUGUUUUGUGUUCUGUCUUAUCACAAUUGCCAAUGGAAGAGGCUGUAAAGACAAGCAUAUUGUCAUGUCAGUGGAAAUAUAUUUGGUGUCACCAGACAAGUUUAAAUUUCAAUUGUAAAACAAUUAUGCCACGUGUAGCCUGGUCUACAAGGGAAGCUGUUCGGCAGGAGUUCAUAAAGAGAGUUAAUGCAGUCCUGAGGCAACGCAAUGGUGCAGGGGUUGAGAAAAUGAACAUCCGAUUUGAUCUUGAUGAUAGACAUGCAGCUGAUGUUGAUAGAUGGGUAAACCUUGCAAUUGCAUCAAAGACAAAGGUACUUACCCUUGAAUUGUGGUUAGACUCUCCGGCCAUAGUCUACAGGCUUCGGGUAUCGGAUCCUGAAAGAAUGGAACCAUAUAACUUCCCUUUUCAGCUUUUUGAUGAAUGUAAUGGCUCACACCUCCGAUCUCUGCAUCUUAGUACUGUUUCUCUGAAGCUUCCAACUAAUUUCAAGGGCUUUCUCAACCUAAAGAAGCUUUACUUAAGUGGUGUGAGUAUUACUGAUGAAGAUCUUGGGCAUUUCGUGUCCAAAUGCAGUGUUCUGGAGUUUCUUGGAGUGCUCUUUUGUACAAUGCUUGAAACUUUAACAAUACCUCAUUCUGCGAACCAGCUUAAACAUUUGCAAAUCAGAUGUUGUCCCUUACUUCAUAAGGUACGGUUAAAUUAUAGCCUCAAAAUGCUUGUAUACAAAGGUCCGGUAACAUAUUUUGUAUCGGAUCGAACUUCGAGCCUAACAGAUGCGUGUAUUAAUCUACUGGAUGUCCGUACUUCCCUUAAACAUCUCUUCGCUGAACUAUCUGGUUCUACAAGCUGCCCCAAGAGUGUAGCAACGAAAUGCAGAGAUCUUGAGAGGUCUAUUCCACCCAGAAGCUCCACAUGUUUUCUUGGGCUUCGACAUGUGAAAUUGGAAGUGACCAUUUUGGUCUCUUCAGAGAGUGGAACUGAUGUCCUUGACCUUGGACAUCUCCUGAAGGCUGCUCCUUCGAUGGAAAAGCUGGAGUUGCAUAUGUGGAUGAGACGUAAACACAAGCCAUACUGCCGUGACGAUGGUGAUCUAAGGAUUCUUCCUGCACACCCGCACUCCCAUCUCAAACUGGUUCAUAUCACUGGAUUUUAUGGCCACAAAGAUCAACUGGAGCUGGCAGAUCAUAUCCUCAGGAACUGUGUCGUGCUCGAGGAGAUGAAGGUAGACCCAAGGGUGGCCAUAGAGAAGCUAUCAACAUCAGAAGAUGAGUACGAGGAAUCUCGCAACCUUGAUGGGCUUCGAGUCGCGUCUGAAUUUCUUCAUGACGCGGACCGCCAUGGAGCCUUGACCGUGUCCCUGUCUUUACCACGGCCAAAGGUCACAAUGAUCUGGAUAUAGUUAGGGCUUGAGUAGUUAGUAUACACAGCUCAUAUAGGUGUAUUUAUUUGCAAUGCAUUAAGAAUAAAUGCUAGUUUGAACAUUAUUAGCUGAGAAUUGUGUUGCGUACAAAUACUCUGUUGACAUUGCUUAAUGUUGGGGUUACUCAGUAAAUACUGAACAUAGUAGUCCAAGUGUUUAGAUAUAUUAUGGAUUAACGUUUCCUAAUGUUUCUGUCGCUUCCUCAGAUCCCAGUGUUGCAUGGGACGUGUUAGCUUUUUGUCAUAAA